AUUCUAUAAUAAAUUACAGACUAGGAAGUUGGCCUUAUUUUGUCACUUUAAGGAACACAUUAGGGAUUUGGUUAAAGAUUUGCCUCAUCUUUAACCAAAACCCUAACUUGCUAAAAUCCUUCAAGCUAAAGUGACCUUUAUGUAAAUCUUUACUAGGUUUAUAUAUUCAAAACACAUACCUUGAUCCGGCAUUGUGACAAUUACUGUACUGGAAUUCUGCAGCAGGCUCCUUGACUGGUUCACCGGUUUAGGCAGAUUUGCAGUAGGGUAGUUUCUCUAUACUAUACGGCUCUUGAAUCUCUUCUUGAUGGGGUAGAAUGAUAUGAGAAUGUUUAUGCCGUUAGCAUAGGGACCUCCCUUUUAUAGGUAUAGUUUAAGAAUCCUCCUCAUCAUGGAUUACUUAAACUCCUUUAACCAUAAGGAUUAGGUAUCUCAAUCCAUUUAGAGUUAGGAAACCUUAAGCACAUGUAUUUAUCUAAAACAGUCAUAUAUCAAGCCUUAAAAUUAAUCGAUCCAUGUAAUCCUAAUUGACAUUGAACUAGUUAUCCUUAAGUGAUUAGAAGACCAUCUUAGAGUUUGUAUUAGAAUGCAAAUCUUACACUUUAUUCGUCCCCGGUGUAUUGGUAGAGGGUGGAGGAGGGGUCACUCGGUUUGCCGCCAGCACCUGGCCUCACGUCCUCCCUCUCCAUUUGAGAUGAAAUGGUUGAGAUAUUUUUGAAUGUUUGUUGCUCUGUGGUUAUCCUUGACCAGCCAACAAGUCAUGGAAUCCUUUCUAACUAUUAUUUUCUUCCUGCCAUGUUCUUUGCAUUGUACUUAUUAUAAGUCUUUUGCUAAAGGUUUUUGGUGGUACCUAUCCCUAAACUCCAUCAUCCAUUGACUUUGUCUAGCUUCUGGAAGAACAUAUUUUCCAGCCCUCAUGAGAACACCUCCGCAUCAUUUGAGUGGGUUAGGAAAUUAAUUAGAAAUAUAAACAAACAUGGAAGUAGACUAAUUAAAAGUAGUGCACGCCUUUUUGGGAUUGGCUGGUGUGCCAAGAAAUUCAAACAAGAAUGAGAAAAGAAACAGAGAAAACGAGAUAGGCUUCUGUUUCCUUUACCACACUUCAUUGAAAAUUUCAAAGGCCUAUAGCUUAAGACUUGGCACAACAACUAUAUUAAAAUAAAACAGGACACUUAUUCCUUUUUCAUUUCAAUCCUUGUGCUUCCCCAUUUCAUUGAUGCUUGAGUUUCCUUGUCCCUCACUCUGAGCUUUUUCCUCCAAAAACAUGCAUACCCUUCUGCUUCAAUCGUUGUUUCCCUUGCUCUUGAUCACUUCCUUUCUUUCGAUCAACGUUGAGUUAAGUCUAAGCCAGUAUGAACAACAUACAAACUGCAGCGAAGAUAUUAACUGCGGUGGCAUCAGACUCUCAUACCCGUUUUGGGGAGUAAACCGAGCUAAUUACUGUGGUCUGCCAGGGUUCGAGGUUGAAUGCCUAGAGAAUGUCCCCAUGAUCAACAUAUCGAGUAUCAACUACAGAAUUCUUAAAACCGACCCUAGUGCUCCCUCUGUUACAGUUGCCAGGCAGGACUAUUGGGAAACUAUCUGUCCUCCGACUUAUGUCAACACCAACAUCAACUUCUCUCUGUUUGAUUAUACUUCAGGGCUUACAAACCUGACCUUUUACUACGGGUGCAGUACAAGUAUCCCGGGGCUUAACUCUAGUUCCCAGUCUUGCGAUACAAGCAACGACAAUGUUACGUAUGCCACGCGAAGUCCCCCAUCUGAUCCAGUUGCUAACGGCAUCUGUAAAAAUGGGGUCAAUGUUCCCGCUUUUAGGACAGCUGCUGUGACUCUAGAGGCCAAUCCAAUGACUCUCCAGGACGCGGUAGAUGGGGGCUUUGAAUUGGGAUUGCAGAUUGAUAAUGUUCAAUGCAACAGUUGUGUGGAAUCAGGAGGGAUGUGUGGGCUUAACACGACAACUGGUGGAUUCAGUUGCUUUUGCCUGGAUCAGGCCUAUGCAAGCGUAUGUACUGCAACUGCACCCGGAGCACAAGGAAAAAAGAAGGAAAUUGCAAUAGGUUUGGCUGUUGGUGGAUUUUCCGUAAUGGUAAUCAUUCUUUGUAUUAUAUGCAUAUCGAGAAGAAGAAUGGUCGUAUUUGUCAAGAAAUAUAAGAGGGAUGAGUUUGAUGUUGAGGCAUUUUUAAGGAACUAUGGAUCGCUUACUCCAAAGCGGUAUACCUAUGCAAAUGUCACGAAAAUGACAAACUCUUUCAGAGACAAAAUAGGUAAAGGUGGAUAUGGAACUGUGUACAAAGGCAGGCUACCUGAUGGGCUUCUGGUGGCGGUCAAAGUCCUAAGCGAGUCUAACGGUAAUGGAGAAGACUUUGUUAAUGAAGUUGCUAGCAUUGGUAGAACCUCCCAUGUCAACAUAGUCACUCUUUCUGGAUUCUGUUAUGAGCGGGACAAAAGAGCUUUGAUUUAUGAGUUCAUGCCUAAUGGAUCUCUGGAUAAUUUCAUACAUAAGCAUGGAUCUGAAAUGGCAAAUUUUCGAUUAGAAUGGAAGACACUAUCUGAAAUUGCAGUUGGUAUUGCACGAGGACUAGAAUACUUACACCGUGGAUGUAACACAAGAAUUUUGCAUUUUGACAUAAAGCCACAAAACAUUCUUUUGGACAAAGAUUUUUGCCCCAAGAUUGCUGAUUUUGGCCUUGCCAAACUAUGCAAAACGAAGGACAGUAUUGUAUCGAUGAUGGGCACAAGAGGAACUGCAGGAUACAUUGCACCAGAAGUGUUUAGCCGGAACUUUGGUGGAGUAUCUCACAAAUCUGAUGUUUACAGCUACGGUAUGUUGGUUCUUGAAAUGGUUGGAGCAAAAAAGAAUUUGGAUUCGGGAGUGUCUCAUACGAGUGAAAUGUUUCCAGAUUAUGUUUAUAAAGAUCUAGAGCUAGAAAAGGAUGAAAAUGCAUUUGGGGCAAUCACAGAGGAGGAAAAAGAAAUAGCAAGAAAGAUGGUAUUAAUAAGUCUGUGGUGCAUUCAGACCAUUCCUUCUGAUCGGCCAUCAAUGAGCAAAGUUGUAGAGAUGUUGGAAGGACCCCUUCAUUCCUUGCCAAUUGCACCCAAGCCUUUCUUGUCUUCUCCUACAAUAGCUGCAGAAGACUCUAUGACUACAGUAGCUGCAGAAGACUCUGUGACCACAUCCCAACCAUCUGAAAUGGACUAAGGCAAUUAGUUUCAUUAGAAGAUCUCUUGUAAGAAAGUUGGCUUGGUGAAAAUGAAACCGUUUUGAUUAUCCGAAAACUCAGAAUGAAAGCCGUUUUCAUUGAUUCUACUAUUUUUGUUUAAUAGAAAACUCUGUUUGUAGCCACUCUCCCCUUCGAGUGUAAUGUAUCCAUCCCAUUCUCACGGCAUGCCUAAGAGCGCGUUGGAGCAAGGUGGAAGGAAAUCGCUUGAGGCGUUAUUCUAUUUAGCAAGUUGCACGUUUAGCGUGACGAGUUUUGACGAGGCGUGACGAGUCGUGGUUAGGCGGACGAAGCGCAGCUGUUCUGCAAGCGGCUGCGAGAGGAAGAAGAUGAUCUCGCGUGUUUUUUUUAGGGUUCUUUGGGAAUGAAACGACUUCGUUUCAUAUAGUUAAUAAAACGCAUGUUCAGU